AUGGCGUCGAACUCCCACCAUGAGGAGCUUCCGAGUGACGUCCAACAAGACCCCGUCCCGACCACCUCGGAAUCUCAACCUAACCAUCAAUCCCAAGUUCGGUUUAAACCCACCAUAGAAGAAAUCGCACCCGACAACAGGUCCAUCGAGGCCAGUCAUCCGUCGACUGAUGGGACUUCGCUCGGAAACCCCGGUGAAGUAACACCAGCAGAUAUUCACGCGCUAUCCGACAGGCUAAGGAUAUGCCCACUUCAAGAGCGGAGGAUGAACAUCUUUUCUUAUGAGCCGGUGUCUCUGCCCCCGUCUAGGACGAUAUCCCGCGAUGAAGAAUCUCGGGAGCCUAGCAGGCAACCUACUCAAACCUCGGCAACGCACGGCUCGCCGCACUUACGCCCCGACAUGCAAUCACCACCCUUAACCCCGUCUGGAACCGGCGCUACCGAGGGAGGACAGAAACGUGAAUACAUUAGCGGUCCUGAUCGAUUCAGCCGAGGGCCCGACGUUAUUACACCUCAGGAUUCUACCCACGAACCGCCGUCGCCUGGAGCGUCCCGUUUAAUUGUUCCACACCACACUCCGGUCGACCGCGAACGAACGGGUCGCCGACCUGCCACUUCGGAGGGUAGGGAAGGUUCGCAAAUAUCACUCGGCAACCACCGCCGGGGCCUCUUUUCGACCGGCGCUGGGAGCGUCUCUACUUCACCUACUAGUUCGGUUCCGCCCUCACGCGACACUAGCCCCUCACGGGCGGCAGCAGCUUCACUCUUUUAUUCCCGUCAAGCACCGCCCCCCGGAGACUCUGAUGAUCCUUACGCUGCAAAUAAGCGGCAAGCCCAGAAGGGUAUUGACCCACGCUUCGUAUUUUCUAGAAAGAAGAAGCAGGGUUCUCCAAGCUCGUCGACGCUUAGCCUGCCGAGGCCGUUGGCAGAGAAGCGUUACUCGGACGAUGGUCUUUCUCACAGCCGGAACAAUUCGAUGGCGGAUUUGAAGCGCUUCUUCAAAUUGGGCACAAGCAACAAAGCAAAGCGGACCGCUUCGCCAGCAUCUUCAAUUCGGUCCGGUAUCAAGACCCCGCCCAGCUACAAGUCGGCUCAGAUCCCCUUUGGCGACGACCACGGCCUCUCGUCCAAGUACGGAAAACUUGGGAAAGUGCUUGGUUCAGGGGCUGGCGGGUCCGUUCGGCUCAUGAAGCGGGCGGAGGAUGGCGUGGUAUUUGCCGUUAAGGAGUUCCGGGCGCGCCACUCGUAUGAGACGGAGCGCGAGUACGUCAAGAAGCUGACGGCUGAGUACUGCAUGGGUUCCUCCCUCCAUCACGGCAACAUCAUCGAGACGCUGGAUAUUGUUCAGGAGAAGGGCAAGUGGUACGAGGUGAUGGAGUACGCACCGUUUGACCUCUUUGCCAUCGUCAUGACAGGCAAGAUGUCGCGCGAGGAAGUCAGCUGCUGCUUUUUGCAGAUUCUUAGCGGCGUUACGUAUCUCCACAGCUUGGGUCUUGCGCACCGCGAUCUCAAGCUGGACAAUGUCGUGGUUAGCGAGCAUGGCAUAAUGAAGAUCAUCGACUUCGGGAGUGCCCAUGUGUUCAAGUACCCCUUUGAGACGAGCCUCGUUCUCGCAACUGGUAUUGUAGGUUCGGAUCCGUACUUGGCUCCCGAAGUAUACGACGAAAAGAAAUACGAUCCGCAGGCAGUGGAUAUCUGGUCGCUGGCUAUCAUUUACUGCUGCAUGACCCUGCGCCGGUUCCCGUGGAAGCUCCCCCGACUUACCGAUAACUCCUUCAAGCUGUUUGCUGCAGAACCGACGCCGGGCCACGAUCCGAAGAAGCUUCUCCUUCCGCCCGCCAGGUCAACGACCGCGUUGAACGAGACACCGACUCGUGAUUUCGAUCCGCAAACCAUCCGUGAUGAGGCUACUAAAGCAAACGCUCACAAGGAGGCGCCGGCCAAGCCAGCUACCCCUGCCACUACAACGGACGGUAGUUCCUCCAACGCCCAGGUGGCGGAGAAGAAGGAGAUCAUCCGUGGGCCGUGGCGCAUUCUCCGUCUACUUCCUCGGGAAAGCAGACACGUUAUUGGGCGGAUGUUGGAGCUGGAUCCCAAGAAACGAGCUACGAUGAAUGAUAUUUUGGAGGAUCCAUGGGUGGCUGAUACGGUAAUCUGUCGUCAAGAGGGCGGAGAUGUGAUCAGUGCUGAGGACCAUAAACAUGUGUUGGAACCACCCGCAUCUGCGGCACCGAAGUCUUAG